AUGAACCCCACCGUGGCUGGCCACCAAGCCGCCCUCGGCGUCCACAAUGGCGCGAGGUUCGUGUCAGUGUCCAGCAACAGCUGCGAUGGACCCAAGGACCAGAUGACAGAGAUAUAUACUUCGACCCAUCCUCCCCAUCCUUUCAACCCCGACUACUCUCCAUCCCCAUCCACCACAACGAGAACGAAUCCCACUCUCCAACACCACAACGAAAACGAAUCCCACUCUCCAACACCACGACAAGCCCACCUCACAACCACCACCAUGCAGUUUUCUUCCAUCUUCACUCAAGCCGUCGUGGCCCUCUUCGUCGCCCAGGCCGCCGCCGCUCCGCUGACAAGUGGCGAGAUCAUGCAAAAGCGCGCCGGGAGGUGCAUGGCCAUAGGCCCCGAGUGUCAAGGCAAGACCUGGCCCUCCGUCCCCGUCAUCACCACCAAGAAGAAGAACCCUUCCGGACUGCGUCUGCUCUCGGUGCGCCAGGCUAGGUGCCUGUCCACGGGCCCCGAGUGUCGAGGCAAGGCCAUGGACACCAGUGUCUUCCAGACCAACACCAUCAACACCGGUAUCCCCCAGACCAAGACCAAGAAGACGCCAAAGACCAAGGCCAAGGCCUAGGAGCCCGAGAUCAAGUGCAUGGCCAUGGGCCCCUUGUGCCAGGGCGGCACCGCCAGCCAGAGCAGCGUUACCGCCCGCG